GAGAUGAACAGACACCAGAAGAGGACCAGCAGGCAUCAGUUCCACGAGAUUACCCCCUCAUCUUCAAGGAUUGGACAUCAAUUGACCCCAGCAUCCCUAUGCGGGGCCCUGCGUAUUUCCCAGAUCCUUUUCCCCCCAUCCCUUGGCAUUGGAAGUCAGGCUCUAGAAGUUCGGGACAGGGGACAGAAGAGGGUAGGAAUCGAGGGGAAAUGGAAAGAACGGACCCGCUGGUGCCCCCCAGUGGUCCCGCCUGGCCCCAGCCCCUCGUCCCUCACAGAGAAGAUGGCCAGACAAGCUGUACCAGGGGGGAAAAGCGGGUCGAUGCAGCUGUUGUCGCAGACGGUGAAGCAGGCGGGUCGGCUACCAACGAAGGCGGCGAGUUCAGCUCACUCCUGCACCAAGGCUUGGGAGACGACGACGACGGAGGACUUGAUCUCAGGUUCGGGUUGUGUUCUGGUGGCGCUAGGGAGGUGAUCCCUACGUUCAUCGUCGACGUCGAUCCUUCGACGCGUGGCCUUCAACAUGCUGGAAGUGAGCAUACGGAGCAGUCCACACUUCGUGGCGGUGCGUCCGUUACUGGCGGUGUCGGGGCAUCGGCAGCAGCCCGGCAGCAUGGAUCGACUGCACCGUCCGCCGAUCGAUUGACAAGUACCUGGCCCGCGCGUACUGGAGUCGCAUCCGGGUCCCUGCGCAUGGGCGGUGCACGUCCUUCGAUGCCCAACCGCACAACCCCAACCCAACCCGACCUGAGGGACGAGGGCGCCCGCAUACCACCGGUGCGUCCAGGACCCACUGUGGAGAACAUCACACGAGGAGUGUCAAACAUGUGGGCACAUAGCGAUGGCGGCGACGACGAUGGCGGUGGCGGUGACGAUGCCGACGAAAGAUUGAGGGAGGACGUGGAAGCAGGGGACGACGACGACGACAUUCCUAUUCGGCCUUUGGGGAAGACGGGUGGGAGGGGGAAAGGACGCUGCAGAGGUGCUGUUUGUGGUCGAUCCAUUGGGCGUGGCGGCAGAGGUGGUGUCAGCGACGACGACGGGAAGUUUGCGACGACUGGUCUCCGGAAGACCAAAUGCUUCUGGCGAGGAGCGGUUGGUGGAGAGUCUGUCGGUAGUGAGGCUGGUGGUGACGGCUGCCCUGAAGAACGUUCUUCUGCGAGGGACUCCGACAACAACGCAGGCAGUGGGGCUGGAGGCAGGAAGCAGAAGAAUGUGCGUCAACAGGCGUUGGAGUCGAUCACUGAUGUCAUGGACCGCCAUGGCGAACUGAUGUCGACGACGAUCAAUUCGUCUAGCAAGCGGCAAUGCAGCAUAUUCACGAGGCAAUGCGAUAUACUCGAGCAGGAAGUUGCAGUCCAAAAAGCGCAUUAUGCGGCGUCCGAUGAAACGCAGAGGAUGAUGUGCCACGCGCUUAUGGAGAUCGCUGCCGCCAUCCGUGGUCGGUCGCCGAUGCAGGCCGUUCGAUCGUGUGUUGGUUAAAGUCCAGUCAUUGCGUUCGUAGAUAGCUUAAUUAAUUUUUUAUUUUUAUUUUUGUUCACGGAUUCUUCUAUCGAGGAGCGCACUGUGUGUGUGUGUGUGUGUGUGUGUGUGUGUGUCACAGUGUGUGUGUGUGUGUGUGUCACAAUGUGUCAUUGUUUUUACGAG